AGGCGCGGUGCUGAGCGGGCUUGUUGGUUACCGUAGCAACCGUCAUCAUGACUUCCGGAGGUUCCUCGUACGGAGGGAGAGAGUCCCAAAUCCUUCAGGCCUAUUCCACCAUCCCGAGGCGCACGGGGCUCCCGCGAACGGUGUUGCGGUGGUUGCAGAGCCUCGACCUGACUUUCUCGCCUCGGCACUUCCGCAGAGAUUUUUCAAAUGGCUUCCUCAUUGCUGAAAUAUUCUCUUGGUAUUACCCAGAAGACAUUCAAAUGAAUCACUUUGAAAAUGGGACCUCCUUAGCUUCCAAACUAAGCAAUUGGUCACAGCUUGGAAAGUUCUUUGCCAAAAGGAACUUGAAGCCCAUCCGAGAGCUGAUUGAUGGAACAAUUCAUUGUAAACCAGGAGCUGCUGAAAUAUUUGUACAGGACAUUUAUACUAUGCUGACAAACAGGCGGAUCAAACACAUCCAGGAUGAAGAGGUUGACUUUACAGAUCGUAUGUACCAGAAUAAGUUACCAAUGGUUGCUAGAUCAACUCUUUCAAGGGCUAUCAAAUCCCACAUUAAGCUAACGGAAAUAAUGGUGGAACCUAAUGAAAACAAAAACAUACAGAAAAUUAAUGCUGUCAUCAAUUUGCAUAUGCAGCGAAGGAUGCUAGAAAGGGAACAAAAUCCAGUACGGUUUGGCAUCAAGCCAACGCUAAGAGAACGUGCUAUUCGUCGUCCUUCUCUUUUGACGCCUUCCUUGAGUACACUGAAUGUUACAAGGGAGAAACCUGCUCUUGGACCUACUACUUCCACCGAAAUCAGAGGCAAAAUGGGCGUCCACUUCAAAGCCAUCCAAGUGAAGCAAGCUGAGAGACACCCUUUUGAUGGACGUAUCAAUAUUGAAACUCCAGGCACCCAUUUUAAAAUGUAACUAAUAAAGGAGAUCCAUGCUUAUUUUUUAAUCAAGAAAAGGCUUCUUUCUUAUAUUGGAUACAUGGGCCUUUAACAAAGUGUUAAAUAGUGAGAUAGAAUACAGAAUAAGAACUUACCGGUAGUAGUUUUCCUAUUUCUCUUUAUUACUGGAAUCUUUUUCACUCUACAUAUUCUAAUAUGGAAAAAGCUUUGUCCCUUUGGUUGAUGUUCUAAUAAAGUUAAUUACUGGCAUAACUUUGAUCUUACUGUCUAAUACAGAAUAGUAAAACAAUUUAAGAAGUUCUGAUGAAAUUUACAAUAUUGAGUUCCUUUUAUCAAGAAAUGACAGCUAUUUGAAAUUUCAAUUUUUAAAAUAAAAUAAAAUAAAACCUUUGUACAAGA